AUGGCAGUUAGUUUGGGGCUUUCGUUCUACGUGGCCGUUUUAGGAGUUGCGGCGAUUUAUUUUUACGAUGUAGGGGGCUCGGUUGAACAUGAUGCCGCCGGGCAUCCCGUCACGACGGCCCCGCCGGGGGAGUCCAAUGAUAGCAGCCCCAACGCAACCGACCACGAGCCGUCAGAACAGCACGCACAUUCGCCACCGUAUGAGAUAUGUUUCCUGUUUGGAUCAUGCGUGUUUGGAGUAUUGAUUACCUUUGCAGCUCUUGUGCGGACACUUCUUCAGAAGGUACCCAUCCCUUACACAGUGGUCCUUCUCAUCUUGGGUGUAUGUCUUGGCUUGCUCUCUGAGAAGGUGCCUGAGAUAAACAACUACACCUCAUCAGUUGCUCAUAUGGACCCGCAUCUUCUGCUGCACAUCUUUCUACCUGUACUUAUAUUUGAGUCUGCUUUUGCGAUGGAUGUACAUACCUUCAUGAAGAGCUUUGUACAGGUGUGCAUCUUGGCUAUCCUAGGUCUGAUUGUAGCGUCAGCUCUUACCGCAGUGCUAGCUAUGUACGUCUUCUCGUACAACUGGUCGUUCAGCGUUAGCAUGAUGUUUGGCGCUAUCAUGAGUGCAACAGACCCAGUAGCUGUGGUAGCACUUCUGAAAGAUCUUGGUGCUUCUAAGCAACUUGGUACCAUGAUAGAAGGUGAAUCGCUGUUGAAUGACGGAUGCUCCAUCGUUCUCUUCUACGUCUUCAAAGAUAUGUCAGUACCAAACCAUGGUGCAACAGCGGCCAGCAUCACUCUGUACUUUGUUCGAGUGGCACUCGGCGGUCCGCUAUUCGGCUUAGUCAUGGCCAAGAUCACCACCAUGUGGCUCUCCUACAUCUUCAACGAUGCGAUGGUAGAGAUCUCCAUCACCCUGGCGUCUACGUACCUCACUUUCUACUUUGGAGAAUCGGUGCUCGGGGUGUCCGGUGUGCUUGCUGUGGUUGUUCUAGGGCUGAUCGUGAAUGCUGAGAGGACUUCAAUUAGUCCGGAAGUGGAGGUGUUCUUGCAUAGAUUUUGGGAGAUGCUUGCCUACCUAGCCAACACGUUAAUCUUCAUGUUGGUAGGUCUCGUCAUCACGAAGCACGCCCUCGCCAACGUAGAUCCCAUCGACUGGUUUUACGUUUUUGCGCUCUAUAUUGGCAUCAACAUCAUAAGGGGAAUGGUGAUUGCAAUGUUCAGCCCAAUUCUCUCCCGUAUCGGUUAUGGACUGAGCUGGCGUAAUGGCGUCAUCAUGACGUGGGGUGGCCUCCGAGGUGCCGUGGGUCUAGCAAUGGCUCUCCUCGUCGCGCAAUCUGAGGAGCUUGACUCGCAGACCAUCGGCAGCAAGGUGUUGUUUCACACCUCUGGAAUAGUGAUACUGACCCUAUUGAUUAAUGCUACGACCAUUCAUCUACUGCUGAGGAUGCUGGGUAUGAGUGACAUUUCCAUACCGAAACGGUUGGCCAUGGCGAACGCCGUCAAACGGAUCCAAGAGGGUCAGGCUCGAACUUUUGCGAUGCUGAAGGCAGAUCGCUUCUUGGCUGAUGCUGAUUGGACGAUCGCCGUGAAGGCGGCUGAUAUUCACGAUCCGUACAAGACCGACCUCGAAGAUGGUAAACUAGGCAGGGAGGGAUUAAGUCUUGCCCCGCAGUCAAGUGUCUGCCCUAUGUGUCACACCGAUGUGCUCAAUGAACCGUCACCGACAGAGUAUGCUGAAAUGAUGGACGAAGCCAGACUACGCAUGCUCAAAGCAGAACAGGUGAGCUAUUGGAAGCAGUUUGAACACGGCAUGCUUUCUCGCGAGGCCGUUCGAGUCCUGGUCGGGUACACCGAGACGGCAGCUGAUCAGAUAGAGGGCUUUGUAAGCGUACAAGAUCUCAAGAAAAACUGGGAGAUCAAGGGGGUGUAUCCGUAUUUGAAACGCAAACUGGAAGAGUUGAUCCACGUCAAGAAGGUUGAGGAGCUUCCGGCGGCUCGUUUCCGGAUUCAACGUUUCAUGUUCAAACUCAGCAGUCACGUCGUGUUUGAGGUGACCAUCAUGGCCGUCAUCGUUCUCAACAUGAUCCCGAUCAUCAUGUCGUUUGUCGUGCAAGAGGAUCAUCCGUUGUACACCAGCUACAAGCCGGGGCUGAAGAUCAGCAACUACGUGUUCACGGCUUUCUACACCAUAGAAGCAUUUGUAAAGGUGAUCGGUUGGCGUCGUUACUACAUAUUCAGCAACUGGAAUAAGUUUGAUUUGUUCAUUCUCAUUAUGUCCUUCAUCGAUAUCAUCCUGGAUGAGGUCAUCGGAGACAACAAAGGAUUCAAUCCGGCCGUCCUUAAGGUCGUCAAACUCAUCCGCCUACUCCGGGGUCUCAGAAUGCUCCGCCUAUUUAAGGUUCUUAUUCCUAAACUGAUCAACAUAGUGAAUGGCCGAAUCAAUCUGAAGCUUUCCCUCGGCUACGACGUCGGUAAAGGCUUCGUUAUCGGCGAGGAAGAAGUCAGCAAGCUGAUUGAUCGUCUUGUGGACAAUGAGAACAUCUUAGGUCACCUCAAGAACGUCUCGGAAACAUCAAGACUGGAAUGCAUCAGAGAGCUAGGAAUGCUACAGCGUGUUCAUCCAGGAAUAGCAGUGUCGGUGAAAACGAGGCAAGCCAUUCGCACCGUUCUCAACCAUUCACGAGAUACUAUCAGAGAACUGCAAGGAGCUGGUCUCAUUGAUGAAUCAGAGACACACAAACUGGAAAAGGUUGUUGAGAUAAAGAUGAAGCAGUUGAUGAAUGCACCAUCGAGCAUCCCACCUCCACCUCCUGAAAAUCUACUUAAGAAUGUACCGUGGAUCGAAGGAGAUAAGAAACUCAUUGAUUUCAUCAAGUCAUGUGCUGAGCUCCUCCAUUUUGACUACGGGGAUUUCAUUGUGAAGGAGGGUGACGUACCAAAUGGGAUUUACCUCAUUGUAUCAGGACUAGUCAAGCUGUUUGGUCAUAGCGAAUACUUGGACCAUGAGCUAGCCAGUCACCACUCAGUCACCGUCAAUUCGGGACCAGGACAGUUUGAAGACUAUCUGUCGGUUGGGAAUGUCAUUGGAGAGAUGGGCGUACUGACAUUGAAGCCUCGCAACGCUACGGUCGUCUGCGAAACAGCUGUACAGGUAUAUUACAUCAACCUUGAAGACAUGCAGACUGCGUUAGAUACUUUUACCCUGCAUCCGUCUCUUCUCUAUCGAUUGUGGAGAGUCAUUGCUAUCCGUAUCGCAACACCGCUGAUGUUGGAACAGAUUGCUUUCCAGGGCUGGACCCAGGAGAGGGUGAAGCUUCAUCUGGAGAGAGGGUACGUACCUGAUCUUGAGGAAGAAGGAUACAACUUCAAUAUUGACGAUAACGUGGAUGAGAUUGUUUUGAUUCAGGGUAAAGCCAUAAACGCACACACUCGGGACGAAAUCGUUGCUCCUCACAUCAUUCCAAAAUCUGUUCACCGUUUGACCUUCAAGAAAGAUGACAAGAACGAUCCAAAGAUUCUGGUGAUCCCGAGCAGUGCGAUGCAACUACCAGCACUAGAGGGUAUCAUUAGUGCUCAAGCCUCCAUGAUGUCAAUCGCCGGUAUGCGCAGCAACGUGUGUCUACAACACACGUCUGUGCAACGCUUGCAAAACUCCAGGACCGUAGUCGGUGGCAGCGGUGGGAUCAGUAAGAAUACUUCAAGAGAGAGGGUCAAAGUAAUCAUGCCACCUCCAAGAGAAGGCAUCAAGAUGAGAGUUCUUGAACCUAUUGAUCCUAAAAGGCAACCCUCUCCGGUGACGGGUCAAGGUGGAAUGACGUAUGUGGAUGAGUCUGUCUAGGAGUGGUAUCCUGAUUUUGUGAAACACUGAAAGGGAUACAUACAUGUAUGGAAUAUUCUUGGGUCUACUGUCAAGGAUUGGUAACCUGACUGAAUGAAUCACGAAAGGAAUAAAUAUAGCAGAUUCUUGGUUGACUUUAGGGUGUAUUUUAGAGGCUCAGCAUGCUAUUUUAAACUUGCUGGAGGAAUAUGUAGGGCAAAUUUGUUGACUGGGGUGUAUUUUCAGAGGCUCGGCCUGUUUUAAACGUACUGGAGGAAGUCAUGGCAAUGCUUUUUUGACUGGGGUGUAUUUUUAGAGGCUCCGCAUACUCAAAACAAAUAUUAACUUAAAAACUGACUUGGUAUCAAGCAUUGGAGAGA